GGUUACGCACCUGUGCCGACCAGACCGCUGACGUCACCAUUCCACACCGACUUACCUUCCACCACCGUAACUGCCUCCAGUGGACCCCCAAUCACGAAUGUUACGGUGAACAGUACGACUUCUGAAAUGGACGUUACUUCUCUACCACCAGCUGAUGCUACAAUGAGUACUCAGUCCGGGUGCCCAGCGAUUGAGAAGAGGGACAUCCAGUGGCCUGCAACAGCCCGGGGAGAGUGGUCCACCCAGCCAUGCCCAGAGGGAACAGAGGGUACAGCUCGAUGGAAGUGUGACGGAUCCAGAUGGACAGGAGAACCAGACUUAAGUGACUGCACAUCGCCUUGGGUGAACGAGCUGUACGAUCUGUUGAAUGGCGGAGGUCCAGCCGGAGACAUCCUGGCUUUGGUCUCGGGAAACCUCCUGGGCCAGGGGAAGGUUCGCGGUGGUGAUGUCAUCAAGAGUAUCGACCUGCUGAACGUCCUGGUGCAGAGACAGGAGGAACAGCUGGUCAACAUGACACAGGAGGAGAAAAAGGGAACAGUCACCAACUUCACACAGGACGACUGGUCCCAGGUGGCAACAGGAGUCAUAGGAAGUGCUGAAGGGUCUGGGUUCCUGGUAGCCAAGUCACUUCCAGACGAAGCCUUCUCUUCCGUCCAGGACAAUUUAGUCAUGGAAGUUCUACCUGCCACCGGAGAUUCCCGAAGAUUCCCGAGCGGUCUGUCUUCUGACUGGGGCAACGUCACGGACAGUGUUUCUCUACCAGCAACAAACCAACAAGUCGUAGCCCUUCUGUACGGCGACUCUCUUGGCACGUACCUCAAGCCCAGCGCCGCAAACAGGACAGUCAACUCUCGCAUCAUCUCUGCAUCUCUUGGGAACGGGAGCACACCGGGACAACUCGGUGACAACCAGAAAGUGACGAUUGUUUUACAGCACACAGAUAUAAAUUUUGGAUUCCUGAUCAUAGCGCUGAGAGUAGUGUACAGCCACAAGUCAGGCAAGAAAAUGAAGCAUUUUAAAACAGGCACCAAAUUCAAGUCUUGGAUCCGUGGGUCCCUGACGUUACUGUGUCUCCUGGGUGUGACGUGGGUGUUUGGAGUUCUGUACCUCGACAAGGGGACUGUAGUGUUUGCCUAUGUCUUCACCGUUACUAACUCAUUACAGGGUCUCUUCAUCUUUAUAUUCCAUUGUCUACUAAACGAAAAGGUCCAGGGAGAACUUAUCCGCUGUUUUGCCCAGUGUUCGUGCUGUCCUGAGUUCCUCAGACAGAAGUACCUGGAGAGAGGCUCGGGAACAUACGUGCAUCACAGCGGGCAGUCCCACAGACUUCAUCAGAACACGAUAAAGACAGACUCCUCUGGUAGCAGUAACUCCACACGACUGAACAACACGUUAGACAGCCACAAGGUUCCACUAGCCAUAACUAAUGGGGUCAAGAGAAGAAACAUGGACGUAGCCAUUCCCGGACACCAGUCAGCCCUGACACCCGUGGAACCCAAACCGUUCGAGCAGGGCGUGCACUACCCACUCCCACACCCCGGGUACCGGGAGUUCUCACACAGCUGGGAGAUGAGCAGUAUAUCCGGGAAGAACCAUCCAGCCAGCCCGUACAGGGGGGAGAUUCACAAUGGCUCAGUCAACUUCCAGAUAGACAUCUAAUUAUCGGAAUUAUUACAUUGGAGGUGACUUCAAUAAUUAUUCCUAGUAAAUAGCAGCCAAAGACAUGGACUAGAAGUGAGCAAUGAUAGCAUACCAUAGGAAGUAGGAUGACAGCUUGCUGAUUGCUGACUACCCUACAAUGGCCACAGGACUACGAGAAGGACAACUCGUAUGACAAACCAUACUGCAGGAGGGGUACCCGCAGUUAGUAUUAGCAACAGGAAAACCAUGAUGGUGAAC